AUGUCUUCAGCUAAAGGUUUUUCACUGAAAAAGAUCGGUUCACUUAUCAGAAAGAUAUCAGCUGCAAGCCAGUCUAAGAAGCCAAUGGUGUCUGAGAAGACCAAAAUGGUUCAAGUUCCAAAGGGUUAUUUGCCCAUUUAUGUGGGCGAGGAAUCAACGAGAUAUGGAGUUCCAGUAAAGUAUCUAUCGUUUUCGACAUUCCAAGAACUUAUGAUCCGGCAUUCACAUGAUCAUGAUGAGCUUGAUACAAAGAUCUUUGGUCCAAUAAAGCUCGCAUGCACACCUGAGAUAUUCGAUCAAACACUUCAGCUUGCCAGGAGCUUAUAG